AUGAGUGAGAACUUCUCUGAUUCCAAGAUCGGGUCAAGAAGCAGCCUGAUGUCCAGUGUCCAGCCAUCUCUCUUAAUGGACACUGCUUCUUCUAGGCCAGGCGACAAUGAGACCACAUGUGACACAGGCAACAUAUCUUGCUGCAGUAACCAAGAAGAACUCUGGAACUCCAUGGACACAGCUCAGAGUAUAACCCCCAGAUACUGUUUCUCUGGGGAUACUUUCUGCGUAGAAACCAUCACAGAAGAAGAAGACAUUUGGAAGGAAGUGAACAUCACCCAGGAAGAGGCCUUGAAUGAGCAGGAUAACAUCUCACAAGAAACAACAAUAACCCAGGAAGAGUCUGUCAUAGGGGAAGUGACCAUUAACCAGGAAGAAGAUAUCACACAGGAAGCAACCAUAACCCAGGAAGAGGACAUGGCACAUGAAGGGACCAUCACUCUGGAAAUGACAAUGAACCAGUUAGCGACCCUGACUCAGGAAGACAGCAUCACAAAGGGGGAGGCCAUCACCCCUGGCCAGCCUGAGGAUGCUGACCCAGCUUCCUCGCGUAACCAGAGGGGCCCUAGCUGGAAGGGGGUCAAGAAAAUAAUGGUGAAUGGCCUCAGACACCUGUGCAGCUGCCCGACAGCUGCUAAGAGAAGCCAUGACUCCAGCAAGACCCUGGCUCCAAAGAAACAGGAUCCUGCAGUCACCCACAGAACCAGCCAUAUCAAUGAGGACUUAAUCAUGGAGCAGGGAAGGGAGGCCUGCUACUCCUGUGAGGAGUCCUUCAUGACUGACUAUAAGAUGACAAUGACUGUGGGCAGUGGACAUUUUUCUGAGGUGAAAAUGGACUUCCAUGUUCUUACUGUAACUUGUGUGGCUGUAAAAGUUCUUCGAAUGAAGAACGCCUUGCUUGUUGCCAAUUAAGUCAGUAUCUUGAAAUCUCUCCAGCAUCCAAACAUCAUUAAGUUGUUUCAUGUGGUCCAAUCCAGAGACACCACCUACUUAGUGAUGGAGCACACAUCACAGGGAGAUCUUCUUCGACACAUUCUGGAACUGGGGUCCUUAAAGGAGAGCGAGGCACAAAGGCUAUUUACCCAGAUUCUCUUUGCAAUGCAGUACUGCCAUAAUAACCAUAUUGCCCAUAGAGACAUUAAGGCCAAUAACAUACUACUCGACUACAGGGUUAAUGCCAAGUUGUGUGAUUUUGCCUUGCUGGCUAAAAUGACCCGAGGGCAGAAGCUGAGUGAUUUCUGUGGCACUCUGCUCUACUGUGCCCUGGAACUCUUGGUAGAGAAGGCCUAUGAUGGCUGUGCCAGUGAUAUUUGGAGUUUAGGUGUGCUCCUCUUCCUCAUGGUGGUCGGGCGCUUUCCCUUCUGGGCUAGCUCUUCUGAAGGUGUGAGGCGUCAGAUAGUGGCUGCAAAUUUCACAAUACCUCAGCAUGUUUCCAUAGAUAUUUUCAAUGUCAUCGUCGAAAUGCUGAUGUUCAACCAGGACAGGAGGCCCACCAUUGGCCAAAUCAUGAGGCGCCCCUUGAUUGGUUUUCACCACCUAUUUCCACACAGAAAUGCCCUGGCACUGUGA